UUGCACGCAACGCGGAGCCGUUUCAGGUCCCGAGAUAACAAGUGUUCGGGCCCGCACAGUACUGCGAGCAGCCCCUAGUUCCAGUUAAAAACAGCAGGAGGUCACUCACCCAAACGUGCAGUCUCCGCAGACAUAAUACCUGCACAGGUGGAGGCAUUCGCACUGCGGACACUCUCCGGGUUUCUUCUGACAGAGGCGCAGACUGGUCUUAGCCACCAGCAGACUGUCCGGACUGAUCAUCUGGCCGCCGGCCGCCUUCCCUCUGCCUGAUCUGAUGCAUAUUUUCCCGUCGUCGAACAGGACGCUCCGCAGGACCGGCUGGGACACGUCAGGGAAACUCCUCGCGAUCUGCUCGUUCAGCUGCUUCGAGUCCAAACUUCCCUGGUGGUCGCACAGGGUCUUGAUGACAAAUGUAGUAAUGGGCGAAGUCAUCAUUGACACGGAUUCGUUCAGCAAAGCGACUUGUCGAGCUGCAGGGAGGCGGUGAUGUGGCGCUUUAGUUACAGAGAAACGAAACCGAAAGUUACAGGAGAAACAAGGAAAGGGAAACUGAUCCCUGCCCUUAAAAACCACCAACACAAAUGUUUUUCAUUUAGAAACAUUUAAACUGAAGAGUGAAAUGUGCUAUAACUUGUACUGACCACAAAAUAAAAAAUAUACCCCUGAAAUACAAUAAAACUCGACGCGAUGUUGGGAUUUUUCUUUUCUGUAUAGACUUUACGGAAGCCCUCGAACGCAACACGUAGCCCAUAGCAACAAUGGCAGGAGUUCAGUUUACCCUAGCAACCAUGGACAACAUGGAAGUGACAGAAAAAGAGGAGGAACAACCUCUCUCCAGCCGAAUCCAAGAACUCAGGAGUUCCAAUGAAGCCCUGCUGGCAGAGAACGACAUGUUUGAGAGUUUCAUCGGCCGUUUGAAUCCACACGACCUGGAGUCCCAGGCCGGGGGGGAGGGUACGGAGGGAUCGGGAGCCUCUCAGCUGGAGGGUGGGGGACGGAGACGGAGGUCUCGUUCCUCCAUAUCAGAUCGCCCCCUGCAGCUGACCCUGGAACAGAAACUUUAUAUCGCACAGAGUGAAAUAAAGGCGACACAACAAGAUCGUGAGGAUCUCAAACGGAGAAGUGAGGUAGUCCAGGACAACUACAAGGCCUCUAUGGAAGUGUCUGAAAUGUGUCUGGCAGAGAUCAGGAAGGCCAAGAAAGAGUUUGAACGCAUAAUGCUCAAACGUAUGAAGGACACGAGUCUGGAAAUAAAGGACCCAGAGAAGGUGCUGCAGUGCCUCAGAGACAAGUCAAAGGACAACCAGUUGGAGAAGUUACAUCUGAAGAUCCAAGCACUGAAGGCCGAGGAGAAGAAGCUCCAGCAGAAACUGCAACUCAAUAAGGAAAUGGGAAAAGCGGAGUUCAAGAAGGAAAUCAUCCAGGAGAAGAUUGAGCAAAGAUCUGACCAAAAUCCAGACGAACUUAAAGUCAAAAGUUUGACAGUGCAACGUGUCCUCAGUUCACACAAGGAGAAGCUGCACGGUGCGACAAUGGCGUUGACCGAGUUGAGCCAUGAGAUCAGCAACAGGGAGCAGAUGCUGGUCAAACUUGAUGAAGACAUCCAUGAGGCUGAAGAGAAGCGUUCGAAUGCCGAGGCCCUGAACCAACACCUGCUCUGCCAGAUGACAGAUUAUCAAGCUCCUGAUGUCACCGAGUACAUGCAGGUCAAAGCCAAACACAGGACGCUGGAGCAGAGCAUUCACAUUUGGGAGCGGAAGGUUAAGAUUGCUGAGAUGGCCUUGAAGACCUACACUAAGGCAAGGGGCAAACAGAGAGCCGCUCUCACUGGAGCGGGGUCGGGGGAAGACCACGUCCCCCAGUAAAGCUGCCGCACAGAGCAGAACCCAAGAGGCAGAGAAUCAGACGGCCGACAGAAUUCAUCAAAGAAUGAAUGAAGGAUGGAAACUUCACAAGACAGUAGCAAAUGCCCUGUUCGUGAUAUUAAUUAUGCAACUUCAAUUUUAUUUGUUGCAACCAUUUGAUAUUUUCUUGUAAUAUUGGUUGGACGUUACAGAAAGAAAAUACACGUGUGGGUUUGAAGGUUCCUGAUAUCUAAUUUAUAUUUUAGUCAUAAUGUCUAAAUUGUACGGUAAAAGUAAAAGUUCCCUUUUACCCAAUUACAAUAAAUAACUAAAAUGAUUGCCAUGCGGUUGUAUGUCUCCACCAACCAGUGCAGUUUUUUAAGCAAGAUUCACAUGAGGUCAAAAAACCUUUGACCACUGAAAUCUAAUCAGUUCAAGAGAACAUUUGUACUAAAUUUGAAGAAAUUCCCUCGAGAUGCUCCUGAGAUGUUAUGUUCUCAAAAUGGUUUGAAUGGGAAAAGCCGCCUGCCACUGUCUCAGAGGCAUAAACAUGAAAACAUACUGUGAUUACAGUGCAAUCAAUCCAAUACAUGCAAGUACCCAUACU